CGGCAGCGGGCGGAAGGCAGCGGCAGCGCCGGUGCUCGGCGGCCGCGCCACGGCGGGGCUACGAGCGGCGGGGCCCAGGCCGGGGUCGCGGAGCACAGUCAGCCAGGCAAGAUGUCGCGGUCGGUGCUGCAGCCGAGCCAGCAGAAGCUGGCGGAGAAGCUCACCAUCCUGAACGACCGGGGCGUCGGCAUGCUCACCCGGCUCUACAACAUCAAGAAGCAAGGACAAGUCUGGAAGGCAUGUGGUGACCCCAAAGCCAAACCUUCCUAUCUCAUUGACAAAAACCUGGAGUCUGCUGUCAAGUUCAUAGUCAGGAAGUUUCCGGCGGUAGAAACACGCAACAACAAUCAACAGCUUGCUCAGCUCCAGAAAGAAAAAUCAGAGAUCCUGAAGAACCUGGCGUUAUACUACUUCACCUUUGUUGAUGUUAUGGAAUUUAAGGACCAUGUCUGUGAGCUGCUGAACACUAUCGACGUGUGCCAAGUCUUCUUUGAUAUCACUGUAAACUUUGAUUUAACAAAGAACUACCUAGAUCUGAUCAUCACCUACACAACUCUAAUGAUCCUGCUGUCUCGAAUUGAAGAAAGGAAGGCUAUCAUUGGGCUGUACAACUAUGCCCAUGAAAUGACACAUGGAGCAAGUGACAGAGAAUAUCCACGCCUCGGCCAGAUGAUUGUGGAUUAUGAAAAUCCCUUGAAGAAAAUGAUGGAGGAGUUUGUACCUCACAGUAAAUCUCUUUCAGAUGCUCUGAUUUCGCUCCAGAUGGUCUAUCCUCGAAGAAAUCUCUCAGCUGACCAGUGGAGAAAUGCACAACUACUGAGCCUCAUCAGUGCCCCCAGUACAAUGCUCAAUCCUGCACAGUCUGACACAAUGCCGUGUGAAUACCUCUCUCUGGAUGCAAUGGAAAAAUGGAUCAUUUUUGGAUUUAUUUUGUGCCACGGAAUCCUAAACAGCGAUGCUACAGCUCUGAACCUUUGGAAACUUGCACUUCAAAGCAGCUCUUGCUUGGCUCUGUUUCGAGAUGAAGUGUUCCACAUUCACAAAGCUGCAGAAGACUUGUUUGUAAACAUACGAGGCUACAACAAGCGCAUCAAUGACAUCCGAGAGUGUAAGGAAGCGGCCGUCUCCCAUGCAGGUUCGAUGCACAGAGAGAGGCGCAAGUUUCUACGUUCUGCCCUCAAAGAGCUGGCCACUGUCCUGUCUGAUCAACCAGGCCUGCUGGGCCCCAAGGCCCUUUUUGUGUUCAUGGCGUUAUCCUUUGCUCGUGACGAAAUCAUUUGGCUCCUCCGCCACGCGGAUAACAUGCCGAAGAAGAGCGCCGAUGAUUUCAUAGACAAACACAUAGCUGAGCUGAUCUUCUACAUGGAGGAGCUGAGAGCCCACGUGCGGAAGUAUGGCCCAGUGAUGCAGAGAUACUAUGUACAGUAUCUCUCUGGCUUCGAUGCAGUGGUCCUGAAUGAGCUUGUUCAGAAUCUUUCAGUGUGCCCAGAAGAUGAAUCCAUCAUCAUGUCCUCCUUUGUAAACACAAUGACUUCACUAAGCGUGAAACAAGUUGAAGAUGGAGAGGUAUUUGACUUCAGAGGAAUGAGAUUAGAUUGGUUUAGAUUGCAGGCCUACACCAGUGUUUCUAAAGCUUCACUGGGUCUUGCAGACCACAGAGAACUAGGAAAAAUGAUGAACACAAUCAUUUUCCACACAAAAAUGGUAGAUUCUUUGGUGGAGAUGUUGGUUGAAACCUCAGAUCUUUCUAUAUUCUGUUUUUAUAGUCGUGCUUUCGAGAAGAUGUUUCAGCAGUGUUUGGAGCUUCCCUCUCAGUCAAGAUACUCAAUUGCAUUCCCACUGCUUUGUACCCAUUUUAUGAGCUGUACCCAUGAACUGUGCCCAGAAGAGAGACAUCACAUCGGAGAUCGUAGCCUUUCCCUGUGCAACAUGUUCCUGGAUGAGAUGGCUAAGCAGGCUCGAAAUCUUAUCACAGACAUUUGCACAGAACAGUGUACACUGAGUGACCAGCUGCUGCCAAAGCAUUGUGCCAAAACCAUCAGUCAAGCAGUGAACAAGAAGUCAAAAAAACAAACUGGAAAGAAAGGAGAACCUGAAAGGGAGAAACCAGGAGUGGAAAGCAUGAGGAAAAACAGAUUGGUUGUGACAAACCUGGACAAGCUGCACACUGCACUUUCUGAGCUCUGCUUCUCCAUCAAUUACGUCCCCAACAUGGUGGUUUGGGAGCACACCUUUACCCCCAGGGAAUAUUUGACAUCCCACCUGGAAAUCCGCUUCACCAAGUCAAUCGUUGGAAUGACUAUGUACAAUCAAGCCACGCAAGAGAUUGCCAAACCUUCAGAGCUGUUAACCAGUGUAAGAGCCUACAUGACAGUCCUGCAGUCAAUAGAGAAUUACGUGCAGAUCGACAUCACACGAGUGUUUAACAACGUCCUGCUUCAGCAAACCCAGCAUUUAGAUAGCCAUGGGGAGCCCACCAUCACCAGCCUGUACACAAACUGGUAUUUGGAGACGCUACUACGGCAAGUCAGCAACGGUCACAUAGCCUAUUUUCCAGCCAUGAAGGCAUUUGUGAAUUUGCCUACAGAAAAUGAGCUGACAUUCAAUGCUGAGGAGUACUCUGACAUCUCAGAAAUGAGAGCCCUCUCUGAACUUCUGGGACCAUAUGGCAUGAAGUUCCUAAGUGAAAGUCUGAUGUGGCACAUUUCUUCACAGGUUGCUGAGCUGAAGAAACUCGUGGUGGAGAACGUUGAAGUUCUGACACAAAUGAGGACCAGCUUCGACAAGCCAGACCAGAUGGCAGCACUCUUUAAAAGAUUAUCAUCUGUGGACAGUGUGUUGAAGAGAAUGACCAUCAUUGGUGUUAUCUUGUCCUUCCGCUCCUUGGCCCAGGAAGCACUUAGAGAUGUCUUAUCCUACCACAUUCCUUUCCUUGUGAGUUCCAUCGAGGACUUCAAAGACCACAUUCCAAGAGAGACUGACAUGAAGGUGGCAAUGAAUGUAUAUGAACUAUCAUCAGCUGCUGGAUUGCCUUGUGAGAUUGAUCCUGCCUUGGUGGUAGCACUCUCUUCCCAAAAAUCAGAAAACAUCAGUCCAGAAGAGGAGUACAAAAUUGCCUGCCUCCUGAUGGUCUUUGUGGCAGUGUCCUUGCCAACUCUGGCUAGCAACGUGAUGUCUCAGUAUAGCCCAGCCAUUGAAGGGCAUUGCAACAACAUUCACUGCUUGGCAAAAGCUAUCAACCAGAUUGCUGCAGCUUUAUUUACCAUCCACAAGGGAAGCAUUGAAGACCGUCUCAAGGAGUUUUUGGCCCUUGCAUCGUCCAGCCUGCUGAAGAUUGGCCAGGAGACAGACAAAACAACCACAAGGAACAGAGAAUCUGUUUACCUAUUACUGGACAUGAUCGUGCAGGAGUCUCCCUUCCUGACUAUGGAUCUCCUGGAGUCUUGCUUCCCUUACGUCCUGCUGAGGAACGCGUACCACGCCGUCUACAAGCAAAGCGUCACCUCCUCCGCCUAGAGGAGCCGCCGGCGGGAGAUAAGGGCCCAGCACGCGUCUAUGUGGCCUCGGUUUAUCGCUGUCAGCUGUGGAGCUCUUUUACUUUCUGGCCUGAUGAACAGUUUUGUGCAUUAGACAUCUUUAUUUUUUUUCCCCCCC